CGGAAACGUACAGGAGUUUAUUUGAAAACGUAUCGUAAUCGCAUGACGGCCUAAUAAUAAGGACGUUAAUGAGGCACAUCAAUUUCGAGGGUUCCAAACGAGCCGUUCAGGCUGUCCUUAUUCUCUCUUACGAGCCUAAUCUUCGACCAUAUAUGCAUCCAACCAAAUCUUUGAUAAAAAGCACACAGCAAGAAGGUUUCUUCGCUGCAGUCCAGAAUGCUAUUUUAAUUCUGACACGAAUUUUCGUGAUAGGAUCCAUUGUAACCGGAUUGGCAAUCGCAUAUUUCGUCACGCGUUUCACCCAUGGACACGUGUUUCCGGAAAUUUUACGGAAAAGUAUCGAACAUUUGGGCCCGAUAUUCGUCAAAUUCGGCCAGUGGGCGGCCACGCGAAACGAUCUGUUUCCUGAGGAUAUUUGCCGUACGCUUUCGCGAUUGCAGCGUACGGUUUCACCGCAUUCGUGGAGUUAUACGAAGCAUUUGCUGAAAUCUACGUAUGGUUCAAAUUGGAAGAAUAUAUUCGUGAAAUUCGAGGACAAAGUACCGAUCGGAUCGGGAUGCUGCGCUCAGGCACGGUUUAACAGUAAACAUAAAAAGCGGUUCAUGGUACAGCAUGACAAAGAACGAGGAGAAUGGAGAAUAGUCAACCGGAAAUUACUUAUCGAGUACUUCAACCUCGGAUGGAUAAACACUUUCGUCGAUAGAAUGUUGAACGAUGACGGUGAAAUGCAACAGGACAACGCGUACAAAAGGAAAUUGCAACCUGUGGCGAUUAAAAUUCUACAUCCUGGAAUUAAAGGCCAGCUAAAGCGAGAUCUGUCCAUCAUGAAGGGGAUUUGUAAGUGCGCAACGUACAUCGUUCCGCAAUUACAUUGGCUCAGUCUUCCCGACUGCAUCGACGAGUUCUCGCAGAUAAUGGAAAAUCAAGUCGAUAUGAAUCUUGAAGAGGCUAACUUAUUAAAAUUUUCCAAAAAUUUCGCCGGAAAGGAGGACGUCAUUUUUCCACAUCCUUACACGAAUUUCACGCAACGUGAAAUACUCGUGGAAAGCUUUCACGAAGGUACACCGAUUUCCGAUUAUCUCGAGUAUGACGAUACCAAGCUCCAAGAGAAACUAGCUAAGAUAGGAAUCAGGACGAUCUUGAAAAUGGUAUUUAAAGAUAAUUUCAUUCAUUGCGACUUACACCCUGGUAACAUCCUAGUUGACACAAACUGUGAGCCAACUGGAAGAAUUUGGGCAUGGCUUGGGAGGUUUAUCGAUCGUGAUUACUUGCCAAGCUAUCCGCGAUUAGUCAUACUCGAUUGCGGUUUGGUAGUAUCACUGAACGCUCGCUGUCAACGAAAUCUUAGGGACGUUUUCCGCUCUGUAUUAAUGGGUAACGGCGAACUGGCGGCGGAGUACAUCUUGGAACAUAGCUCGCAAGCAUCUCCCGACCCGGACGGUUUUAAAAAUGCGAUGCGGGAGAUCGUUAAUUCUCAUCUUAAAGAUAACAUCACUGUGAGCGUAAGCACGGUCGUGACAGAGUUGUUUUCCGCGAUGGUUCAGCAUCGAGUCAAGCAAGACGGAUCCUUCAGCAGCGUGAUCCUUAGCAUGGUCGUGAUCGAAGGACUCGGACGUAGUCUUGAUCCGAAUAUCGACAUCUUCACAGAAGUUUUGCCGUUCGUCUUUACUAGCACGUGGUUCGACGAUUAAGUCGGGGAAUUGUCUAAACGUGUGCUCGAAAUGAAUUCCUACUAAAACAUACAUGUCCUUGAUAAUAAUAAGAAUUUAAAUUAAUUCUCUGCUUCUAACGACAAGUUGUUUCAUCGUACACGUUCGAUCGGCUCGAUACCGAAUAAAGAACCACGGUGAGAAAAUUCCUGCUUUAACGGCAUCGCAUUAAACGAGUUCCGAGGACGAUUCCGAUUUUAAAGCAGACCACAGAAACGUGUAAUCGCAAAGGACAGAAUUCCGGCGAGUGACCAGUUGUCCAUGAUCGCUUCCUGGUUGGUCAACUUUGGUCGAUCAUCUUCGGUGUAGCGAUACGCCAGGCGCAAGCGUGUAUGCGCGUGAGUGUAGCAUACGGACCCGCGGGACCGUGUUUGUGUAGUACCGGUGUGCGUGUGUGUGUUCACCGACAGAGAGGUCAAACUUUUGCCGGAUCGGAAACUUUCGCGAGAACAGUUUCAUCGGAGGACACGCUUAUUCCGUGCGUACAAUAUAUUAAUUAUUCAAAAUUAACAAGGAAUAGCUGUAGGACCACUUUAUAUUAAAAUCCCGACUCUGUACGGAAAUAGAUCAUAAAAAUAAAAUAUACAGUGUCUCGUACGGGGCAUAUUUAUAAUUUAAAGAGCUCCCACAGUCAUUACUCUUUUAAUUAUUAUUUACCAUUAAAGAAAAAGCAUGGUUUUUGAUAACACAUUUAUCAGUAUAUUGAAAGUGUUAUUUCUUCCUAGGUUCCCCGUAUUUUACUGGACUCGCAAAAUCCUACUGUCCAUGCAACUUUCAAAAUCCUAAACGUUGGUAGCCUUAAAGGAUUGGAAUUUGAAGUCACGCUUCUAAACGUCAAGAUCACGAGUAACGAUUUGAUUUCUAACGAAUUAUCUUCCGACUUAUUCCUCCGAAUUAUCGUUUAUCUUCAUCUCUUCUGACUCGACUCUCGGUAAGAUCUCGUAUCCGGGGAUUCUUCCGAUUCCAUCGAAAACAAGUUUGAACCGGCGCUUGAUACCGCGUCAUAGAUGCAGCUAGAUUAUUUCUCUCGGUUAGAUCUAGCCUGUUCUAUGCGAUGCUUGCUGCAGUUCAUUGCCGUCUCGUCUCGCCGUGUAUGAGUGUCAGAAACACAUGUACCAAACGUCUGAAUGCGCAUACAUCAUAGUUCGAUCGGUAAUGAAUUAUUUUGCAAUCGUUUCUAUUCGUUAGGAUGCCAGAAAUUCAGGACGGUAGAUUACCUUGAAUUUCUAUGACCUUCAACUUUUCUCUUAGAAUGGAAUGUAUUACAGAGUCGAAGACUAAGAUCGUGACCCUUGCAAACCAUGUUAGAUACGAUGAAUAUAUUGCUAUUCUAUAUUCUAGUCGAAUGCUUAAAAAUAUUCGCACGUUGUGCGGCUACUUGAAUAUAUUAGCAUUUCAUAUUCAAUAGCUGAACAAGUGCAGACUAUUUUAUCCGACUUCGGUAUUUCAGUCUAUUUCGAUCUAAAUAACGAAAACCGUGGGGCAUGAAUACAUUUCUAUCGGUGUAUACAUGGUACAGCGUGAUGUUGCGUACGUAUACAAAUAACAUUAUGAUAAUAUGAACUUCCGUAUUUCUUUAGAGAAAUGUUAUUUCAAUUUCACAUCAACUAAAAUCGA